UCAAAAUUUUUCUUAUCAGCAGUGAGUGAUUGUAAACAUUCCCGCGGAUCCCGUAAAAGGGGCGUUUUUCGUUCGGAUUGUUCCGUUAUUCCGGCCGCAAAUAUCCAUAAAAGUUCCGUAUCGUUGUCUCUAGCCUUCGGAGGGUUCUUCAGUGGUGGUGAUGCGCAUUACGACGUCCCCGAUCGAACAGCAGCGCGAGCAAAACCGUAGCAGCAGUGUUUUCUGCCGGGGCAAUUCUUUGUCGGCAUCAGGAAUGGCACCGGCCAAACUGAACUACCGGAUCUCGGUUUCGACGUUCUUCGCCAAGUCGCACCCAAGUGACGAGUGCUGCGGGAGCAAUGGAUUACCGCUGACGCCGAACUCCAUUGGGAUUUAUGGUCGGUCACAGCUUCUGAGAGGAGAUGCUCUGAAGCAUGAAAAUCUGUGCGAGUAUCUGGAUGUGAUCCGGGGGAAACACGAAAGGACCAUUAUCGUGCAGGAGUUUGCUGGAAGUCCGCUGACGGAGACUUUUAUCGGGGAGAACAAUAAGCAGCAGACGCUGCUGCGGAUUGGAUACCAGAUGCUAAGGGCGGUGAGUCAUCUAAACGAAAAAGGAUUGAUGGCCAGGAACUUGGAACCGGUUAACGUUCUCAUAAGCAGGGACUUCUGCGUGAAGCUGUAUAACUAUGGAUUGUACUACAUGACCUACAGUGGGAAGUACGUUUCCUUCCCCAUUGGAAACGUGAAAUACCACGGUCCAGAAGUUUUACUCGGUUCAAGAGAGAAUGUCAAAAACGACGUUUGGUCGGUGGGAAUGAUCCUGGCCGAGUUGGCCUUGGGCUGCAAGCUUUGGGACAAUCUAAAAGUGUCCCAGGUGACGAGAAAAGUCCUGAGUUUGAUCAAACCUGGCAAUGUCUUUGAGAAGAUAGCCCGAGAGCACAACAAGAUGGACCAGUACGAAGAGUUGGAUGUCCCUUUAAAGCAAAUCAUAGAUCUAUGCCUCACCGUUUCCCUCACAAAGCGUCCCAAACCGGUGGAACUGCUGGGACAUGAAGCGUUCGACUUCCUGAGAGGGGAAAGCUUCACGGCACCGGAUCCGGAAGGAAUAACCCUGCUGGAGAAGCACUGUGGAAGUUUGGCGGAGAUUUACUAUCUGUGGCAAUUGGCGGGAGGCGACGUGCAGCAGGAGCUCAAGAAGGAAGGAUUGAUCAAAAGUGAGGCGCCGAUUCUGUCACUGCCCAACUUGGUCCUUCUAAAUGGAAAAUCAAUAUCCCCACCAAAAAGCCAAAGUUUCCUCCACGACAGUCGUAUAAUUUUCCUCAACUUCAACAUUCUGCUGGAGCGAUUCUCAAAAAUACCCGAAGAGGACUACCUGCCACUGAUCUACUCCACCAACUCCUACCUAGAAUCUCCAAUCUUCAAAACGGAUCUCCCCCUCGUGAUUCGGGAACGUGACACCGUUUACCAGUUCCAUCGGAUCAUGCUUCUCAAAACACUGCUCCAUGGUUACCCGUAUACUCACGAUCUGUUGAAAAGCUUCGCAAGCAAGGACAUUCCCCCUCCGUUUCGGGGUCACGUUUGGGCCUGUUUGCUGGGCGUGGUCGAGAAUGGCCUCUACGAACGGUUGGACAAGUGCAGCCCCACUCACACAGAUCGGCAAAUCGAGGUGGACAUUCCACGGUGCCAUCAGUACAACGAACUUCUCUCAUCGCAGGAAGGCCACAACAAGCUGAAACGGCUGCUGAAAGCUUGGGUAACGGCCCAUCCGCAGUACGUGUACUGGCAGGGGCUGGAUUCCCUGACUGCGCCGUUCCUGUACUUGAACUUCAACAACGAAGAGCGGGCCUUUCUCAGCCUGUACAAGUUCAUUCCGAAGUAUUUGCAUCUGUUCUUCCUGAAGGACAAUUCGUCAAUCAUCAAGGAGUAUCUGGUGAAGUUUUUCCAGUUGAUCUUCUUCCACGAACCGGUCCUGGCCAAGCACCUGCAUGGGAUCAACUUCAUUCCGGAGCUGUACGCGAUCCCAUGGUUCCUGACCAUGUUUAGCCAUGUAUUCCCCCUCCACAAGAUAUUCCACCUAUGGGACAAACUGAUCCUCGGUGAUCACUCCUACCCGCUGUUCAUCGGUAUAGCCAUCCUGAAGCAGCUAAAGAGCACCCUGCUCAAGUCGGGCUUCAACGAAUGCAUUCUACUGUUCAGCGAUCUGCCGGACAUUGUGAUGGAAACGUGCGUCAACGACUCCGAAAAGAUGUACCAAUUCACCCCGAAGAGCAUCACCUACCGGAAGUAUGCCCUGCAAGAAGAUCCUCCUAGCGACUUUGAUCUCAAGUACACCGACGAAGACCACCGGGAGGUCCAAACGGAACUAUACCCCCGCAUCAGCAAGUACGAUCUGAUCCGGCUUAUGCGCGACAGACCGGCCAGCGUGGCCGUUCUCGAUCUGCGAACCAAUCUCGAUCACAAGCGGGUAUCGAUCGAGAACAGCAUCAACAUUCCGUUCAGCUCGGUGUCCCUGAAGGAACCCCGCCUGGACACUCUCAAUGUACCGAAACUGGAGGCAUUUCUACGUCGGAAAGUGGUCGUCAUUGUAAGUCCCUCGCACGAGAACGCCCUGCUGUUUGCUAAAUUUUUGGUCGACUGUCACGUUCCCCACGUUUGCGUCCUGAAUCGGGGCUUCGAGUUUCUGUACCGCGUCGACGAUAAACUGAUGAUGCAGACUUUCGAUUAUAUUAAUACGUUAGCCAAAAACGUACCGAAUAUCGCUAGUUUUGUUGAAUAAUCUUAGGAAGCUUAAUUUUUCUAUUCGAUGUUUGACGUGAUAAUUUGUGUUAUAUUAUAACUAAUUACAUAUUCAUAGAGUGCAA